AUGACUAUUGCAAAUCCCUCGGUGAAAAAGCCCAGAGUGUUAUACAUCCCGUGGGAUAAACCAAUUCAUGACGAUGAAGCCUGGAAAACUUUGAACCAAAAGUUCGAGCUGGUUUUGUACGAUUGUGAGACAGAAGAUGAGUUUAUCCGAGAGAUAGAUGAUCCUAAUGGAAGGUUUGCUAAUCUUGAUGCUAUUUGCAGGUCUACGUGGUUGAAAAGCUCUCCGUAUCUAAAGCAUUUCCUUUUUAGAGGUGAGCCUGUUAAACAUUUGCCUGACUCCAUCAAGAUCAUCGUAUCAUCCGGUCAUGGCUACGAUAUUGUGGAUGUGGACUAUUUGACCUCCCGGGGCAUUUUAUUUUGCAACUCUCCAGAUUCUUGCUCAAUUGCGACUGCAGAUGUUGGAACCUACUUAGUGAUGUCUUCCUUUAGAUAUCUGACGUUUGCAGAGCAUUGUGUCCGAACCCCUGGAAAGUACUAUGAUACACAGAUUUUGCCUCACAUAGCUCAAAAUCCUUCUGGAAGAACACUUGGAAUCAUUGGACUUGGUGAUAUUGGCUACAGAGUUGCUUUGGCCUGUAAGGCUUUGGGAAUGAAUAUUGCCUACCAUAACAGAUCGCGCAAGCCUGCCAUCGAAGCCAAACUCAAUGGGGCCACCUACUUUGAAACUCUCAAGGAAUUGCUUGCAGUUUCAGACUGUGUUCUGGUUUUGUGUCCGCAUACUCCGGAAACUCACCAUUUGAUCAAUUUUGAAACGUUUAAAUGGAUGAAGCCUAAGGUGAGAUUGGUCAAUAUAGCUCGCGGUCCAAUCGUUCAAGAGGCUGCAGUGGUGGAUGCGUUAAAGAGAGGACAACUCGUUGGAGCUGGUUUUGAUGUUCAUGAGUUUGAGCCUAAGAUACAUCCAGACCUGCUGGACAAUUAUAAAAUAACGUUGCUGCCCCACGUUGGUGUUUCUACUGAGGACAGUUUCAAGACAUUUGAGAGGACGUGUGUGAAUAAUCUGGUGGAGUACUUCUAUGGGAGUGGGAUUCCAAACACGUGUGUUAAUAAAGAGUUAUUAGAAUGA